GAACAGUGGCAACUUCGCUCAGUCCCUUACAAUUUAAGUUCCAACUUCCUUAUACUUUUCUUGAACAGAACCAACAGCCAACCGUGCAAUUCCAUCUACUACCACCACCACCUUCAACCUCAAAAGAAACCAGAACACAAGCCAAAAUGACCACCCCGAACCCCCCAAGCACCACCCCCAAAAACAUCCGCCCCCUCAACCGCUACAUCACCACGCACUCCCCAACCACCCACCAAGCGAUCUUCUCCACCACCCUGCCCGAAACCAUGCCCGUGCAACAGAUCAACGACUCCGCGGCGGCCCAGUUCUCCCUCGCGUACACCACCGACACGUUUCCCGUGGACCUGACCGACGAGCGCGACAUCCCCGCCUACAGCCACUACCUCACCCACCCGCCGGGCAUCACGAUCAGCACGGGCACCGUGUGCCGGAUCGUGGACAUGCCGCCGCACGCGCUGAGCCCCAUGCACCGCACCGUCUCGCUGGACUACGGGGUCGUGCUGGAGGGCGAGGUCGAGCUGGUGCUGGACUCCGGGGAAACGCGGCUGCUCAAGCGCGGCGAUGUGGCGGUCCAGCGCGGCACCAACCAUGCGUGGCGCAAUGUCACGCCGGAUACUGUCGGGGAGGAUGGGGAGAGGGUGGCGUGCUGGGCACGGAUGUUGUAUGUGCUGGCGCCGGCGAGGGGGGAGGGGUUAGUUGAGGAUGUGUCUGGGAUUGAAGUUCGGGGGAGUACUUGA